AUGGGGGGAGGGGAGGUUCACGAGGGGAGGGCUUCCAAAUGGGGAGAAUGGGCGGGGGAUGCGGGGCUGCGAGGGGGAGAGGGAGGGGAGGGGGUCUCCGGAGGGGAUGGAGGGGAUCGAGGAAGCGGAGGAUGGGGGCUCGGGGUGGGUGCGGUGAGGAGGGUCCGGCAGGCUCGGGGGGCGGCGAGGGGCAGGGGUCAGCCGGAGGAGCUGGGAGGAGCCGGAGAGGCGGGUGCGGUCGGUAUUCGGGGCCGGCGGGAUGGUGGCUCGGGGAAGGGGCAUUACAGGAGGGGUCGGGAGGGGGGCGGGGGCCCUCCGAGCGCACCGGUGAGGGGCGGCGGGGUGAGAGCCGGGGAGAGAGGGGAUGGAUGGGAAGGGGGCCUGAGAAGUGCGGCGACGUGGAUGGGGCUCGGGAGAGGCGCCAGGAUGGGGGGUCGGAAGGGGGAGAGCUGGUUAUCGGGUGACCUUAGAGAAUACUACCGAGAAGGUCACGAAGGGUUCUAUGGUGGUGAUGCGAGAAGUCAGGUGGAGAAUGAUGUAACUCCACCUACUCUAGAUAGCAUUGUAUCCAUUGAGGCUCCUACAGAGAUGACACUGGAAGGAGAUGGGAUGAUAGCCGGGAAGAUAGAGGAUACAGUGGAUUUAGAGGUCAUUGAUGAUAUGGUUCCAUCCACAUUCAGGGAGCCAGAGUCUAGUCCCGAUUCGAUAAGGUGGAGGGAAGUUAUGGAAGAGGAAAUGCGAUCUCUUCAGAAGAAUGACACUUGGGAACUUGUAAAACUACCUAAGGAUAAGAAAGCUAUUGAGUACAAGUGGGUAUAUGCGAUGAAGGAGGGAUAUUCUAUUGGGGAUAUUAGGAACUCUUCGGCUAUUAGAAAGUUGAAAGAGGAGCUGUCAUACAAGUUCGAGAUGAAGGAUCUUGGAGAAGCAAAGAAGAUAUUAGUUAGCACUCCAUUGGCUCCCUACUUCAAGCUUUUAGCUAAUAUGUCACCUGUUUCUAUUGAGGAUAGAGAUUACAUGUCGAAUGUUCCAUAUGCGAGUGCAGUGGUUCAACGCAUAUGGCACUUCCUCUCGCUGAAACAAUUCUCUGAUAUUGAGAGUGAUGAGAAGAAGUUGAUCGAGGCUCAAGAGGUUAUUCUUGAAUAA